UGCAUGGUCACAAAUCUUUAUCAGUUUAGCGUGAAUAAAAACUUCCGGGUAUGACAAGUGUUUAUAGGUCGACAAGAGUUAUUUUGUGUGAAUUUAGCUGAGUGAAAAUUAUGAUUUUGGAAAUACUUUUUACUUUGCUCAAAUGUGUAUUGGUUACAAAAGCAUACUGUGUAUCAGACAAACCAACAACAUGGAUGCAAGCACGCAAAACACAUACCCUUGCAACACCGGAUAUACAUUACAACGGGCAGAAUCUUUCAGUCAAUCUUGACUUUGAAUUGGACAAUAAAACAGUUUGGAUAGGAUAUAUCAAGGCGCUAACAGCAUUUGAAUAUUUUGGAUGUAUGAGAGAGGAAACGGGUAGCAGUUUAAAAUCAUUUAAACUAAGAAAAAAUAGACCAGGACUUUGCUUUUCUGCAUGUGGAAAACAAGUGUUAGUUGGUCUUCGAGGUAGAAUGUGUUAUUGUUUCGAAAAUGAGACCAUUGUAAAUUACCGCUUGUCAUAUUGCGACACGGCGUGCGAAGCUGAUGACGGAUUUUUGUGUGGCGGAGCUAAGCAUGUAUCCCUGUACAAGGUCAAUAAAGAAGGUAUAACAUUUAUGUAA